GAAUGCUCUCGGCCGCUCUCACUCGCCAGCUGCUCCAGCGCAGUGCGCGCAACUAUGCCACUGCCGCUGCCGCCGCGGUUGCUGCUCCGGCUGCCGCCACCUCGGCUGCCGCCAGCCUCUUCCAGGGCACUCACAUCAAGGCCUCGGUGAACGCCGACGGCGUUGCCAUUGUCCGUCUGGACUCGCCCAAGGUCAACUCGCUCUCCCAGGAGCUGUCGGCCGAGUUUGAGAGCGUGCUCUCUGCCCUUGAGAAGGACAACCGCGUGUCCUCUGCCGUCCUGAUCUCGACCAAGAAGGACGCCUUCAUUGUCGGCGCCGACAUUGGCAUGCUCUCUGCCGCCAAGGACGCUGACGACCUUGCCAACAUUUCCAGCAACGGCCAGAACAUGCUCAACCGCAUUGCCAAGAGCAACAAGCCGAUCGUUGCCGCCAUCCACGGCUCGUGCCUUGGCGGUGGUCUCGAGGUUGCCAUGGCCUGCCACUACCGCAUUGCCACCGUCCACCCCAAGACCGCCCUUGCCCUGCCCGAGGUCAUGCUCGGCCUGCUCCCCGGCGCUGGUGGCACGCAGCGUCUGCCCAAGCUCGUCGGUCUCCCCGACGCCCUCGACAUGAUGCUCACUGGCAAGAACGUCCGCGCCGACAAGGCCAAGAAGCUCGGCCUGAUUGACGCUGUCGUCCAGUCCAUGGGCCCCGGUAUUGCCGACCCGAUCGACAACACGCUCAAGAACCUCGAGCGCGAGGCCGUCAUUGCCGCCAAGGCUCUUGCUGCCGGCAAGCUCAAGGUCGACCGCUCCGUCCCCCUGCUCUCCGUCAAGGGCAUCACCAAGUACCUGACCGAGGAGGUCGAGUACGGCCGCAACUUUGUCCUCCAGAAGGCUCGCGAGACUGUCCUGAAGAAGACCCAGGGCAACUACCCCGCGCCCCUCGCCAUCAUUGACGUUGUCCGCGCUGGCCUCGCCGGCGGCUUCACCAACGGUCUCCAGGCUGAGGCCAAGGCCUUUGGCAAGCUCGGCAUGACUGACGAGUCCAAGGCGCUCAUCGGCCUCUACUUUGGCCAGACUGCCCUCAAGAAGAACCGCUACGGCGCUCCCGAACGCCCCACCCAGAACGUUGCCGUUCUCGGCGCUGGUCUGAUGGGUGCCGGCAUUGCCCAAGUCAGCAUUGAGAAGAACUACAACGUCAUCCUCAAGGACAUGAAGCCCGAGGGUCUUGCCCGCGGCCAGGCACAAAUCUACAAAAACCUCGACGGCAAGGUCAAGAGGAAGUCGCUGACCUCGUUCGAGCGCGACCAGCUCGUCGCCCGCGUCUCGCCCCAGCUCACAUACCAAAACUUUGGCGAGGUUGACAUGGUCAUCGAGGCCGUCUUUGAAGACCUCGCCCUCAAGCAGCGAAUCAUCAAGGACGUCGAGGCUGUCCUUCCCCCGCACGCCAUUUUCGCCUCCAACACGUCUGCGCUGCCCAUCGGCGAGAUUGCCAAGGCUUCGAGCCGCCCCGACAAGGUCAUUGGCAUGCACUACUUCUCGCCCGUCGACAAGAUGCCCCUCCUCGAAAUCAUCACCACCGACAAGACCUCCAAAGAGACUGCUGCCGCCGCCGUCCAGGUCGGCCUCAAGCAAGGCAAGACUGUCAUUGUCGUCAAGGACGGCCCCGGCUUCUACACCACCCGCAUCCUUGCCCCCAUGCUCGCCGAGGCCAUCACCACCCUCACCGAGGGCAUUGACUUUUUCCACCUCGACAAGGUCAUGCAAAAGUACGGCUUCCCCGUCGGCUCGGUCACCCUUGCUGACGAGGUCGGCAUUGACGUUGGCUACCACGUUUCGCACGAUCUUGGCGCUGCCUUCAAGCACCGCAUGGGCCCCGGCGCCGAGCGCGCCGCCCUCGUCCUGAAGGAGAUGGUUGACAAGAACUUCCUCGGCCGCAAGUCUGGCAAGGGCUGCUACAUUUGGUCUGAGCGCAAGGGCAAGGGCAAGGUCAUCAACGAGGAUGCCGUUGCCAUCUUCCGCAAGUACCAGACCGGCCCCUUCACCGUUCCCGACGAAGAGGUUGCAUUCCGUCUCACCGGUCGCAUGACCAACGAGGCCGUCUACUGCCUCCAGGAGGGCAUUCUUUCCUCGCCCGUCGACGGUGACAUUGGCGCCGUCUUUGGCCUUGGUUUCCCCCCGAACAAGGGCGGCCCAUUCCGCUGGAUUGAUAGCUACGGUGCCAAGAACUUUGUCAACCGUCUCGAGCAACUCGCCACCAAGUAUGGCGACCACUUUGCCCCUGCUCCUCUUCUCAUCGAGCACGCCAAGAACGGCACCAAGUUCCACAAGAACUAGAUCUAGAGUGCGAUAGGCGUCGUUGCGCUUUUGUUGUUUUGUUUUUGUAUCCGCGGGUUUUGUUUUUUAAAGCUUGUGGAUUGUUCAAUGUCUUUUUUUUCUCCUUGUCUUAACAAAAAACCAUAUGAAAUGUAAUGCUU